AUGCCAAGAAUUGGGCCCCGUAUUAUGUCAGAGGCGCAAAAGAUUCAUAGGUAUCUUCCACUUCUUCUGCCGGAAUGUAGAUCAAUUGCUGCGUCUCUGCAGGAACUCAAAUGGAUUAAAAACGAGCUGAAUUCUCCCCGUAAGAUCCACCAGGCGUGCAGAUUGAGAGGUCUACAUUACCCACUUCAGUACAUUCUUGGUUCACAGCCGUUCGGUGAGCUAGAUGUUAUUUGCAAAUCUGGUGUAUUAAUUCCUCGAUGGGAAACCGCAGAGUGGGCUCAAGACUUAGCUGACCGAUUACCAGCGGAGACAAAAAUGACAGUCACUGAUUUGUGCACGGGAACUGGCUGUAUUCCACUACUUUUGAAGUACAAUAGGCCUCAAAUUGACGUAACUGGAAUUGAUAUUUCGUCUAAAGCUUUAAGUUUAUCGCGCCAAAAUUCAAAAGCUCUAAAAUUGGAGUUGCAUCUACAGAAGCAAGAUGUGCUCAAUAAUAAUGAGAAGAUUGGUUCCGGAAUAAUUGAUAUUUUAACAUGCAAUCCUCCUUAUAUCCCACGCCGAGACUUUAUUAAAGAAACUACUUUGUCAGUAAAACUGUACGAGCCGAGACUUGCCCUUUUGGGGGACAUGGAGUUCUACAAGAAUCUGGUCGAAAAAUGGUUAUAUCGGUCGAAUUCUUUCAUUUACGAAGUAGGUGACAUCUCACAAUCUGAAUAUGUCUUGAAAGAAAUUCAACAUCAUACGGUAUUUUCUUCCCUCUGGCAUGUGGGAUUUCGGAAUGAUUCCAAUGGCCACCCAAGGGUAGUUUACGGAUUUAGGAAAGAAGGGACAUCCCACAACAUGAGUACAAUAUUCCAAAAUUAUGGACAGUUAAUGCAUUAA